AUGCGAGGCUGGGCGCUCGCUCAGCCACAUCCAAAUUGGGAAAACACGCCACCUUCACCGCCAUCAUGUCUCUCUCCUCCUGGGGUGAGCCCUCCGCACACAAGCACGCCCUCCUCAUACACGGCCUCUCCUCAGCCUCACAGACCUGGCACAGCGUCGCAAUCUCGCUCGCAGAACAAGGUCUGUCCCGCCUCGGUGCGGCCGCCGUCCUGGAGGGCGUCCUACCAUGCGGCGGGGUCACCGCCGGAGGUCUUCUCGGACACGGCGGUGCCGGCCGCUCCUCCGACUACUCCCUCUCCGCUCUCGCCGACGCACUCCGGCCCCUCUUCGCCUCUGCCCGCUUCGACCUCGUCAUAG